UCAGUGUAAAGAUGUCAGCCCCCAUAGACACGUUUGCAAAUAAACAAUAAUUUUCUCUAUUUGUGUCUAUUGAUGACCAAGCAUCAGAAAUGGACAAUGCAAACUGGCGGAAAGUUCUGCAGAAGCAAGUGUAUGAUAUUCUGUCUCACAAAUAUGGGCUGUUGAUUGUUCUUGGAGGUGCUGUUCUUAUCGUUGUGUCGGCGUUUCAUUUUGGAGAGAGUGUUAUGGAAUGGAGUACGGAGAAGUAUGCAGCAGUUUUCAAUUCAUUUAGUGACAACCUUGCUGGUAAAUCUUACAGAGAAAGAUUGUGCUUACCAGUACCUAUUGAUGUAGUUUACACCUGGGUGAACGGCACCGACCCAGACCUGAUACGAAACCUUCAACGUGUCAAGCUGGAAAUGCAAGACCAGCUAAAUACAUCUAAAUUGCAUAGCAACAAGGAAGGGGUUGCUCAGUGUGUCUUCAGUAACUGUAUACCUAGCAACAGUAUUGCCCUUGACCCUUUGUUGUCAGGCAAUAUGACCUUGGCCUUACUGAAGACAACUUACCCAGAAUUCACUUCUGCCACUAAAAUGUUUACUGUGACAUCACCAGUGGAUUACAAGAACUACACAGUUAUAGGAUUCUCUGACAAAGAGCAAGCUUCAAUGUUAGUAAACAAGACUUAUAUGAUAGAUGGACAGAACACAACUGCUAUACGUUGUUACAUUACACCUGAUGCUACAGUACAAAAUGGCGUGUUACUUACAGACCAGAUUUUUAUGACGGGAUUUCCACAUACAUUAAAUAGUGAUGAACUAAAGUUAAAACUGCCGGAGAAAUACCAAAACAAAGUUGAUAAGAUUGAAGUAAAUUCUGACAAGGGAAUAGCUGUUCUUUAUGUGCCAGUAAAAGAAGACUUUGAUGCUAUUUUAGCUGGUUCAAACUUUACCAUAGAUGGAAAAGAACCAACUCUUACUGCAGCAAACCUCGUCUGGGAUUUACGGGAUUUGUCUAGAGAUGAGGACAUAUCAGCCAGUAGGUUUGAGGACAAUGAAGAAUUGAGAUAUUCUCUACGGUCACUGGAGAGAUUUGCCCCCUGGAUCAGACAUAUUUAUAUUGUGACAAAUGGUCAACUUCCAUAUUGGCUUAACCUAGAGAAUCCAAGAGUUUCCAUUGUGACACAUGAGGAAAUAUUUAUGAAUGCAAGUCACCUGCCAUCGUUUGGUUCACCAGCUAUAGAGAGUAAUCUACAUCGUAUACCUGGUCUGUCUGACAAAUUUAUAUACAUGAAUGAUGAUGUCAUGUUUGGUAAGGAGGUGUGGCCUGAUGAUUUCUACACCCACAGCUCCGGACAGAAGGUUUAUCUGACUUGGCCAGUACCUAAUUGUAAUGAAGGCUGCCCAUCAAGUUGGAUAAAGGACGGCUACUGUGACAAGGCGUGUAACGUAUCUGAGUGUGAGUGGGAUGCUGGAGACUGUGAUGGUAAAAAUGCUCUACAGAGCCAGGGUGGCUGGGCUGGAAGUUGGGGGUCUGAUACCUCAGCUUACUGUCACAGUGGUUGUGCCAAUAACUGGGUAGCUGACAGAUAUUGUGAUACGGCAUGUAAUGUAAUAGAGUGUGGUUUUGAUGCUGGAGAUUGUGGAACUGAUAAGUACAGCCAGAUACAUGGAAUGAUGUUAUUUCCAAAUCAAACCAACUAUUCACUGCCUCCAGGUAAAAAAAGAAACGCAUUAAAAAGAAUGCGAUUAACGAUAAUAAGAAAUUUUAGAACGAUAGCUGUUGCGAAGAAGUUUAAAGUUCUCACUGUUGUGUUGCAUAGUAACAUGAACAAGACAUGUAUCAACUUUACAAUAGAUUAUGGUAAAGUCAAUCAAACUAAACAGGUAAAUUUCACAUUAGAGGUUGACACAUUACCAAGAAAAGAGAAAGUGUUGAACAAAACAAAUCCAGAUCCUGGAAAAAAUGUUUCCAUAGAAACUAAUACAACAAAAACAGUGACGGAAGAAGUGAUAAAAUUUGUGGAACUUUUAGACAAUGAAUUGCAACCACAAAUCCUUCACCCGUCAUCUACACCAGAUAUAUCAUUACAAGUGGCAAACAUGCCAAGUAAUAUGUCAGCUGUACCAUUCCCGAGUCAUCUGAAGAAACAAUACCUCCAAUUAGAACAUGAGCUCAAGAAUGAGGAGCUGUCAGAAACAGGGUAUAGUAUAAGAUUGAGGUCACUAUGGUUGACCUAUCAGGAUUACCUCAAAUACAACCAUACCGACAAUGAAUCUCAUAAACCUAUUGUCACUCACAAGCCUGUCAGGGGCUUAUCAGGUGAUAUUCUGAAAUCAGGAGGGAGAUUGAGAACCGAUGGUCACAAAAGGUCUGUGGACCAGACAGUAGAUGGUGAUAAAAAUACACAAAGGGAGCUAACUGACAAAGGUCAUCAAGUGCAAGAUAUUAUUGAACCAGUCUUAACUUAUAAGGUCAAAGGUCAAGGCUUGAAAGACAGAAAUAUAGCAAAUGACGAAGCAAGCAAUCAGAAUGCUGCUGCUGCGAAGGAACAAAAUGGUGGGAUAAAGGAGCAGGAAGUAGGCGUGAACAAUGGUCUCAGAAGGAGGCUGUUGAAUUUUGAUGAGGAAAACAUGAAUAUUAAUGAGGUUGAUAUGAAUAAUGAAGGAGUAACAAAUAAUACAAGUUUCAUAUCAGAUGUGGACAUACAACCAGAUUCUGUGAAGUUGUUACCUUGGGAGAGUGGUAGUCUUGCAGAACUACAAAAGAGGAAGGAAUCUCUAGAGAGGUUUCAGUCGGUCAGUUAUCAGAGAAGACAUUUACUGGACACAUUUGGUGACUCUCUACGUCAUGUGAACAAACUGUAUAACAAAGCAUUUGGUUAUACAGCCAGGAAGGUGCCAGGUCAUAUGCCCCAUAUGAUAGAUAAAAAUAUCAUGUCAGAGCUACAAACUAGGUUUCCAGCCGAGUGGGAGGCAACCUCGUCUCAUCAGAUCAGACAUUCCAAGGAUAUGCAGUUUGCCUUUGCUUACUUUUACUACCUGAUGGGGGUGAAACAGAACACUACCGCAGCAGAUGUCUUUGAUGAGAUGGAUACAGAUAAAUCCAAGAUAUUAUCAGAUCGUGAGAUUAGAACACUAGCCACCAGACUGUAUGAACUGCCCCUGGAUUUAGCUACAUUAUCAAAGUUGGAGUAUACUUUCAUCAACUGUUCAAAAUCAUUACCUAUAUCAGAACAGAGACAACCUAAUGCCAGGGAUUUAGAAACCUACUAUGAAAAAGAAAUGCCUCAGGUGACAAGGAACAUGUUUAUCAACUGUAAGGAAGUGGCAGACAUUGUGAAGAGUAAUUUCCCACCAAAAAAUAAAUACAAACAUGUUGAAGUAGACGACUCAGAGAUUGCCUUUAAGAUGAUCAAAUCAAAUGUUUCCACGGUGGUCGGUCAGCUCGAUGAUAUAAGAAAGAAACCAAAGGGUCAAUUUGAUGGAGGCCAUUCCUGUAUUCCCCUUCCGGCAAUGCGGAAGCUCAUGUUCCCUCUACAGUCACAGUUUGAGUUGCCACGGGAAUACAGGAAUAGAUUUACACAUAUAAGUGAACUCAGAGAAUGGAGACGGUACAGGGAUUGGUUGAAGUUUUGGACACAUGUUGCUUUAGUACUUCUUGUAGUGUUCACAAUAGCUUCAUACUUCGGUGAUAAGAUCGAAGCAGCACAGAAAAAGUUUACUAGACGAAGAUCUCCAAACAAUUCCGGUUCAGCCGAUGAGAGAGAAGCCGGUGGUGGAAUGGAGACCGUAUGACGGUGCGCGCUCUGGUUGAUCGCACCAGAUUCCAUUAUGAUGAUAAUUGCCAUUAUACUUUUUAUUAUCGUCAUGAUGGUCGUGUAUGAAAUGAACAAAUUCUAAUUUGCUCAAAACAUCCACUCUUUAUUGUGCAAUAUUCUUCUUUUAAAUAAUUAAUGUAAUAAAUUCAAUGUCCACAACCAUGUACAACUAAAUGUUAUUCUAUGAACUUUAAGCAUAAACUUACCUUAGCUUAAAAUCAACCUGCAUUAUCUUUGUAAAUUUGUGAUAUUGCUGAAGUGUUGCAUUAAAAUGCUUGUGUGUGGUAUUGUUAAUUCAGAACUUUUUACAUAUAACUUGCCAUUUAAGUAUACUUGUAUAAUUAAUUUAUUGUAACAUGUGUAACAUUUUGAAUAAUCAGGAGCAGCUCAGUUUAGAGCAAGAUGUAAAAAUUUAGAUUUUUUGUUUUAACAUUAUCCAGUGUUUGUCUCGAUAAUUUAAAUAACCAUUAAGAUUAAUGUUGUACAGUUGACGUAAGAGUUUGUUCAUAUCAUAUAUCUGGUGAGAUUUUCCAGGGCAUUACUGUGAUAUAUCAUUGUAUAUAUCAUUAAUAUGUCAUAAAAAUAUCAUGAGAAUUCAUAUUGUAUCUUAUAUAUAUAUAUCAUGAUAAUUCAUAUUGU